CACCAGCAACACCUGCCUGUCGAUAGCAAGCGAUAGCACAAUCAGCCCCAGUAUGCAGUUCACCAUUUUCUUCCUUCUCUGCGGCGCCUCGCUGGUGUUUCUGGCUGAGGUUCAAAGCUUUACGCUGCGUCAGCAGAAGAUGGUCAGCAUCUACGCGCUGGAGUGUAUGGCCGAAUCGGGCAUCGAUGUUGCGUCGGUGUCGAAACUGCGCGACGGUGACAUCAGCCCCGCCAGCAAGACGAACCGCUCGGUAAAGUGUUUUAUGAAAUGUUUCUUCGAAAAGGAAGGCUUCAUCGAUGGUGACGGGCAGCUGCAGCUCGAGAACAUUACGGUCGCCCUGGAGAAGGACUACGAACGGAGUACGAUCGAUGAGAUGCUGGUCAAGUGUGGCGUCCAGAAUGAGGACGGCUGUGAAACGGCGUACCACGCGUACGAGUGCUAUCACGAUCACUACCAGAAUCUGUAAUCAGUCACUCGCGCGCGCGCUGGAUUUGCUGGAUGCCCGAACUCCUCGUGUCAGCUGCUCCUCAG